UGGAUAUCGUGCAACUUGGCCACAUCUGACUCAAGUUACAGGCUGUUUUCCAACACCUGUCCGACUUUUCUCCAAGUCGUCACGUCCAGUGCUGUCCUGGACCUUAUGAUACUCUGUCGCUUCUGACCGGGGUCGUCGACCAUUUCGUGAGACAUCGGGGUACUCUUCGAGGUGUAGAUUUAAGUUGCAGUUCUGAAGCGUUCUUCAAGACGUGAGUGCUGAGUAUUUAUACUGUCCUGGACUCCAUGGAACUUGCCACGGGGAUUGUGAGACAUUAUUGCGCCUUUCAAGUAGUAGCUAGAGCAAGUGUCUUCAGAGCCUGGUCUUUCUGACUGUUCUGACAGUUUCCCCUGAGGUGCGUCAAUAUCCACCGUGACAAUAUCUGGUGCGAAAUAUUUGUUAGAAUUAUACGCAAGGUGGCGUGGAAGUUGCGACAAUGUCGAUACGUGCCCCACCGGCUUCUGAAGACGACGAUCGUGACAGGGUCUUGACUUGGCUUCAUGACUGGAUGGAGAAAGGCUCCGGUGACGACGAUUUCUACGUGCAAGAGCAAGAACUGUCUUCGAUGCGUGGAUUCAAACCCAUAGAAUCGCCUCACCUGCCAAGGGCGUGUCCCAGCCGAGCGCGCAGCUCCAGCGUAGGGUCGAGGACCCCACGCAAGCCUUCAUCCUCGAGGGCUUCCUCCAGAGCUAGCAGCAUGUGGGAGGUCAACUCGGAAGAACGCCGGUACUCUGUCCCGCCGUCCACCUUGUCAGACCCAGCGGCCAAAGCGUACAAGACGAGCGAAGACCUCCACGCAUGGAGCAUCUACAGGCAGAACCUCAACUCUGACUUCACAGACUCUGCUUUGGGAACGUCCGACAAGUCUCAGCCCCCUUUCGGGAACUUUCAACUGAGGGAGUCCACGGUCCACACCAUCCUUAACCAUCCCAAGUACGGUCCGAGGGAACGGAGCUCAGAGCUGGGAGCAAAUGUCAAUACCUACCUCAGGUUUGGCCUUCCACGAGUCCUACCGCCACACCCAAGCAGCGAACGCGUCCACCACCACCCCAAUCCUCGCGAGAACUCGAGUGGCUACGACUCCAGCGACGACGACUCGCCCCUCAAUGCCCAGCGCCGCGCCAGAAGCGAUCCUGACUUUAGAAGUCAACUGGUCGACAUGGAACCUUCUGGAAUGGCGUCAGCCAUUGAGGCGUACGAGAACCAUCGCAAAAAGAAGCUCAAAGCCAGCAGCGAAGCAGACAUAGCUGAGAGGCGCUGGGAUAUACCGAGGCACAUGGCGGCGACAACUGCAACUGCAGCAUCACAAAGACCAGGAUCCAGGGCAGGGUCUAAAGUCGAAUCGAGGGCCGGAUCCAGGGCUGGAUCCAGGAGUGAGUCCCGGAUGAUUGGGGACAGAAGAAGCGUGCAGGGAUCUAAGGCAGGAUCACACAUAUCUGUUGGAUCGCGCGCGACGACUCAGCACUAUAUGAGGAACAUGUUGUUUCCUAGAGAUGCAUUCUAUUCAAGUUUGCCGGGAGGCGAAACCGAUGUUUCCAUUGUCAAACAUCCGCACUUGCAGGUGCGGGACCUAACGUUCGAACUGGAUCGAUCCAGUUUGGGCCAGAGAUUGUGCGGUGGACCGCGGACGAAGUUGCUCCUCCUGGAGGGACUGUCCUUCGAAGUUAGAGGAGGAGAGAUCCUCGCCAUCAUUGCUACAUCGGAACAAGAGGGAACAGCACUGCUCGACAUCUUAGCCAAUCGCCACAGCAAGUGGGGCAGUCGCUUGCGAGGGGACUUUCUUUUCAAUGGACUCUUUAUGCCUCCUGGACGUCUGGAAAACUGCGUUUCGUAUGUGGCAAAGGACUUCCAACUCUGUCCCGACAUGAGCGUCCGCCAGUGGUUGCUCUUCACGUCUCUGCUGCAAGAACCAGCAGGUCUAGGACGAGACACGAAAGCUAGGAUAAAUGCCCUUCUGGAAGAUCUGGGAUUGGGUCAACUGAAACACACUCAAAUCCGGGACCUCACGGAGUCGGAGCUGCGACGUCUCAAUGUCGGGUCACAGUUGCUUUUGGACACGGACAUUGUUCUCCUGGAUGAACCCAUAUCCGGCAUGGACAUCCUAGACAGUUUCUUCCUCAUCGACUACCUCCGCCAAUGGGCCGCCAGAGGGCGGAUUGUCAUUACGACCAUUCAUCCGCCAACUUACGAAAUUUUCACCAUGAUGUCACGAGUGGCCAUAAUCUCAACCGGCCGCAUGGUCUACCAUGGCAAACGAAGGGACCUUCUGCCAUACUUCUCGUACAUCGAUUUUCCUUGUCCAGCCUACAAGAACCCAUCAGACUAUUACUUGGACUUGGUGACGUUAGACAACUUAUCAGCAGAAGCCAUGCUGGAGUCAAGCCAGAGGGUCGAAAAUCUCGUCGAAGUUUUCCGACGAAGGCAGGAGGCUCUCUCAGACCCUGGACCACCGGGAAUGGCUCCCGCCGAUGUUCAGAGGGCCGGCUUCUUUGGCCAAAUGCUUGCGCUUUGGAUUCGUGCAAUGAUCUAUAUGUUCCCUUACAAUGUGGUGAGCUUCUUCCGAAGUGUCUUCUUGGCUGCCCUGAUGUCCGUCCUUCUGGGAGCAAUCUUCUGGAACGUUCGGGCGGGACGGGAGCAGGAGCACGUGAUGGACCGCUUUGGUCUGUACUAUGCCCUGCUCGGUUUCUGUCUGUGGCCACUCCUGCUCAAUAUGGUUACAAAUGUGUGGAAAGAAAAGCCGUAUGUUGUGCGAGACAUCAAUGAAAAGCUCUACUCUGGAACAGCUUAUGCAAUAUCAAAGCUGACGUACAGUCUGCCCACUGCUGCUGCUGUCUUCGCUGCCUACGUCUUCCCAGCAUACUCCAUGGCGGGUCUACCACGGCAAGACCACGUCAACAACUUUGGCCCUUACAUCGGAUACACCCUACUCUAUCUGUUAACUGCCCGCAUUAUCGUGAUCUUCGCCGGCUGGACGUUCGCUUCCAGACAUGUGGCCGCCACGGUAUCGGGUAUCAUUUUGCUUAUCUUCAGCGUGACUGCAGGUUACACCGUGCACCUCGGAGACCUGUCCUUGGUGACGUCCUGGCUUCAGUGGAUAUCACCUUUACGCUGGACCCUCGAACAGCUCUCUAGGAUAGAGUUUGUCGGCGGCUAUAAUGCUCAGUACGAGUGUUCUCGGAGCCCCGUUGUGCUGCAGGAAAACGGAAUUCAAGUGAAGGCAGAUUGUGGGGUCGUCAAUGACUACCACGCGCUUUCCUUAUUUGGCUAUGGGAUCAGGUGGCCAACUGUGCAACCUAUAUUGGCAGUGUUGGCAGUUCAUUUUGUGUUUGCUGUCUUGGCAGUCCUUAUGGUCACAUUCAGGUAUAAGGGGCUAUCGAAGAAGGCAAAGAAGCAGCAGUGAUGACCUUGUGACUUCUGUGAUGACUAUGACUAAUUUUCAGUUAGUCAGUGUGUUUGAAUGGUGAGUGGGCAGCAUAUGCCUGCGUGUGCAUGUGAUGGGUAUCAAUCUAUGAGAGUUGAGAAUUGUUUGAACAGAAGGUACACUCUUCAGUCCUACAUCACCUUCUAUAAGUACUCACGGCAGCAACACCAUGUGAAAGGUACAUUCCCACGGAGCAGUCCUAGGUUGGAGCUUGAAAUUAAAAUGGGAUAUAGUGCUCAAGAGUCACAAACACACAAUAUUUUUUCCCCUCUUGCUGCUGAGCAAGGGUGGUGUGCCUGCAGAAAAAAGGAAAAAGAGAAAGGGAAAAAAUUAUCACAUUCCUUAGCAUGGCUUGUACAUGAUGUGUUGUCAAAUAUGCUUAGUCACUCCUAUUGCUCUUAUUACUGAAGGCUAAAACGUCUGUCUCUACGUUUGUUGUUCCAUUUUUGAUACUCAACCAGGUAAAAGCGUUUUCUUCCUUUCUUUACCGUGUAUAUAUAUAUAUUAACGAAGACACUGUGUUACAAUCCCACUUUUAUAUAUCAUCCUUCAUGCCAUGAAGUUGAUUGACUCGCAAGUGUCUGCAGCUCAAUGAGAAGAAAAAAGUGUUUUGGCACCACAUGUUAUAAGAUCUUGUGUGCCAUACAUGGACUUUUUCCAUCCUGUGUGUGAAGUAAUAUAAGUCUACUGUGCAUAUCGGAACGACAAUUUCUGUACAUAUCACUAUUAAUUUAUGUGUGAUUUAGUUAUAAAAUAUGAACAUAACACUUAUUAACAUACCGCUUUGUGUUAUGAGGUUGUAAAUAAACAUUUUUUUCUAGUUU